UUGCACAGAAGAAAGAGGAAAACUCGCGGCAUCAGUCCCGUGCAGUGUGGGUGGGCGACGUUUCGAGCAUUCGAGGCCGUGCCACACUAUCAGUUGAUGGAGUUGGAACGAUAUUCAAACAAAGACUCGACCUAUCACUCUGCAUUCAAACUCUCAAAAUAGUGCGAUAAUAUAAAUUGUGCAAUACUCGUAAUGAUUCUGACUCGGCCCCGAUCACUUGCGAAUCAAUAGAAAACUGUAGGUUUCCCCCUGAAACCAUCUGUUGCGCCGUGACUGACAAACAACUAGAGUGUUAUUAGUGCUUUAUGGUUGACAUAUUCUACUCGUGACAAUCAUGAAGAGAAAAUCAGCUGCCUCACUGAGAUUAUUUACAAAGCGGUAAAACUCUCACUUUCAUUAUAAUCUAGGUGUAUUAUCUUGAUCAGUAAACAUGAAAAUAAUAAAAACCGCGAAUACUGCUCAUCUUCUUUAUGAGACUGUUUCAAGGAGUUUUCAGUGCAAAUGAGAGGAAAAAAAUUGUACGGCGAUGAAAUUAACUUCAUAAUAUAAACAGUCAUUUUUGAUUGAUUGGCGGAUGAGUAACUCGAGAGUUAUUACCCGCAUGUAACUGAAAACAAGACGAGAAAUGAAUACACUCAUUAUUCAUCUCAACUCAUAACUAAAUUACGUUAUUUCUCGGUCUUUUUCCUUUAAAAAGAUCCAAAUCCCCUGAUAUCAGGGGACUUCGCUCCUUCUUAGAAGGGCCAUUGUCCUCUAAUAAACUCACCGAACCCAUCAAAAUUUAAUACAAUGGACGUGAAGCCGAUUCCAAAACCUCGAUCAUCAUUCAACAGCCAGCCUGUGCCAGCUCCGCGAAUCCACUUUCCCCCACCGCCCCCUCCUCGCUCCAUAAGUCCCUCUUUAUCGACAACAUCGGAAAAAAGCGAUGAAAAAUCCUCGUCAGAAUCCCGCGGCUGCAGCUCCGAGAAAUUCCUGUUCAAGAACUUCGGAAACUCUUCAAGACAAUUGAAAGAAGAAAUAUCCGAGAAGAUGACAGUGAAGGGUCGAGCAGUGAUCUCAAGCACACGAAACGCGAGUAUUCGUCUGGAGAAAUCAGUGAAGAACCUCUUAACACGCAGACUGACAUCAAAUCACGAUCAAGACUCUGUUGACGGUGGCAAACUAAAAAAUAAGAGCGAAGACCGAUGCGUCUCUAUGCCAGCGUGCGACGACAUUUUCAGCUCAAUUUCGUUUUACAGCCCCUUGCACUCAAAUUUAAAGUCCAUGAGAAAUGAGGAAGACCUCACUGAAGCUCGAUACAGUCCACCCCCUCCGGUGUAUCCACCUCCUCCGCUUCCGGACGAAUCCAUAUAUGACGAACUGCAGUCAGUGACAUCCGGUGGAAGCAGCAGAUACAACACGCUCAGUUCCACAGUCUCUGAUCGUCUCCGUGAGGAGUCUGACGGUUUUGGAUUAAUCAACAUUUCGAAGAACUGUAAAAGUGACUCCGACCAGAGUUUGAACCUCUCUGAAACAACUGCGGAUGUUGUUAAACGGCUCUCGAGGUCAGACUCUUGGACUUUUUAUCAUUCCACGCCUGCGAAAGGUACAGCCGAUACAAUUGUAGAGGAAAAAGUGAAAGAGCUCAACGUAGAAUCGAAAGAAAUAGAAAAACACCAAGCAGAACGAACGGAAUCCGAAGAAUUAAGAGAAACUGAAGUGCUAACACCUCUCCCCAGCCACCUGGCCCCAGCCACACGUGUUCUCUCCAUUAGGAACUCAUUGUACGAAAACUGGACUCCAAGGGGUUUCAGAGAGGAUGACGUCAAGAUGAAUAGCAAGUCUGUCCUCUUUGAGUUCGACCCCUUUACUAAGAGUGAUGAAAAUACUUAUGGAAAUUACGAGAACAAUGAUUUGAUGCUGCUGGAAGCAUUGUUAUCUACCAGUGAACCAGCGAGUAGUGAUGGGAGUUUAGCAGAUCUUCAGGAGCAUGAGAAUGAAUAUGACGAGCAUGAGAACGAGGAAAGAUAUUUUCCAGCUCCAGCUGUGCCCAGAAGGUAUGAUUCUCUGCCUAAGAAUGAGUACGAUGAGGUGGAGAUGGUGGAGGCGCCCCAGCUAUCUGGCAAAGUGACAAAGAACCCUGCACUACUCCCCAAGUUGGCAAAUUUAGCGAGGAAAAAGCAGCCAGCCGUUCCUCCAAGAAAACCACAGGUUGAAAUCUCUCAAGGGUCUUCAGGCCUUCCGGAGUCUCCUUUCAAAUCUCCCACUGAUAAGAUAUCAUCAGUGAUGCAAAAGUUAACUGUUCAUGUUAAACCGAAUGUAAUGAACUUUAUGAAGAAUAAAAAAUUAUUACGUGUCAGGAGGGAUAGUGAGAAGAAAAAAGAGGUUGAGGGACAGAAGAUGAAGAGACCAAUUAUUGAAGAUCAGGUGAUUCCUGUUUGUCACAGAGGCAUGGUUUAUCGCCCUGGCGUGGGAAUGGAGAGAGCUAGAGAUCUUGUCAUGCGAGCUGCUGUCUUGAGUGAUCAGAAAAUAACUUUUUACGUGGAUAAAGGGAUGACCACGGUUAAAGAGACACUGGCACUUGAUAGUAUACAGAGUGUGCAUCUUCUGCAGGAUGUCAAAGUUGUCGAUGGGGAAACAGUGCACUGUAUAGCAGUGAGCACCGAGGGAAAGCCGAGCAUUCAUGUGUUCUAUGCAAAAAGCAUAACAGAGAGGCGAAUUUGGGCGCAGAGAAUUUUGGAAGCGCUCACCCCCACUUUUCCGAUCAAGUAUACGUCGGACUUGACUCGAGCUGGUUGGGCUUAUCUCAAGGAAGGUGUAUCAGGGUCCUGGUUCUCAGCCUGGGUUCUCCUACAACAGCGAACCCUAGUCUACACACAUUCAUUCGAACCAGUAGAAUUCGAAAAACUCGACCUGAGGAAAGCUCGUUGUAUUUUGCUGAGGGAUCAGGAAGGGCCAAUUUCAAGCUCCGGGAAUAUUCCUGUGGUUGUUAUUGAUGGGGGGCGUGCAGCUCUUCAUUUAACCGCUCCAGGGACCAGGGAAGUUCCUGCCUGGAGGCAUGCCCUCUAUCAGGCGGCUACCACCUGUGGUCCUGCUCUCAAUGAGCAACAGCUUACUCAAGAGAAUGUCCCUGUCAUUGUCGACAAGUGCAUCAAUUUCAUCUAUGCACACGGAAUAAUGUCUGAAGGAAUAUACAGAAAAGGUGGAUCAAGCAGUGCAGUAGUUAGACUACUCGAAACAUUCAGAAAAGACGCGUGGGCAACGCAAAUCACUCGAGGCUCAUAUUCCGAGCACGAUGUGGCAACUGUACUCCGUAGAUUCCUCCGAGACUUACCAGAGCCACUCUUACCCACUAGUAUUCACGAUCCCCUCUGCAGAGUCAUCGACAUUUGUGAUGAUGAGGAACGUGCUACUGCUUACAGGACAAUACUUUUCCCUGUUCUGAAUCGUGUGUCUGGUUCUACAUUGAGACGAAUAUUUGCACAUUUGUAUUUUUUGAGUCAGCAGAGUUCGAAGAAUUUGAUGACCGUGGAGAAUAUAUCUGCUGUGUGGGGGCCAACACUGAUGCACGCCGGUGGAAAAAGUGCUGAGGAGUGGAACAGAGCUGAAACAAUCGUUAUUGGUGAUCUGAUUCGACUCUACACAAAGCUAUAUCAAUUAUCAGCUGAGGAUUUGAUAAAAGAAGCCAAGAUCCUUGAAGUUUUAGAGCGUCAUCAUGCGUCAAAUAAUGGGAUGCGUAGUGCUCCUUCAGGGGACUUAAAAAUCUGGAUUUAUUUAUUUGCAAAGGAGGGCGAGUGUUGCAAUGUAACGAUUGGACCUCAGAAAACAGCUUCAGACGUUUGUAAAGAAUUGGCAGAAAAAACGAAAAUUCCCGCAUAUGAAUUGUCACUGGACGAAUCUAUUCUUGAUGGAACUCUUCAGAGACCUCUUCACCAUUCAGAAAAGGUUCUUGAUGUCGUUGUCAGGUGGGGCUAUUGCGAUCCAGAGGAUAGAAAGGAUAAUAUACUUAUUCUGAAGAAGAAUAGUCUCUACAGAGACAUCGUUCCUAGGAUAAAGCCACCCAUGACAGUAUCUGGUGAACUCAAGUUCGCUGACACUAAAUCCAAAUAUUUCAAGAGUCAUACGUUUGAGUUUAGCCAAGCGAAGUUGCACUGUUAUAAGGAUAAGGCUUGUGCUGUCAAACUACAUGAGUGGAAGAUUGAGGAUAUUAUUUGGUAUUUGGGACAUGAGCCUAAGAGAAAUCCACAAAUGGGAUGGUCAAUUACGUUUAUAUUAAAGGACGAAGAGCGAACGAGAACUAAAGACUUUCCAUUCUUCGGCUACACCCUAGCUGGAGCAUCUGUAGUAGAUCAAUACAGAUGGCUGGCUGCAAUGUUGUUUGGUGAACAUCAGAUGGAUCUUUUUCCAUCAGCAGUCAACUUAAUGGAUCCCUAAUUUUCCAUUCCUCUAUCGUUAACGUAAUUCUUAUACCUCAUAAGUGAAUUUAUUACCACUUAUUUUAUUAGAAGUUUUCUAUAGUAUAUUAUAUACAUAUAUGUAUAUUUUUACAAUGCAAUUAUUUUUCUUGCCUGGAGAGUAGUGUUUUUCACAUAUUUAAAUUCUGUAUAGAUUCCAUACAGAGCUCAAUUGAAGUUCUAUGAGAACGCCAAAGAAUGUUUUUUUAUCGAAAAAGGUUAUCUGUGAUUGGCUGAGGGAUCUAAAUACGUCACAAGUAUUACAUUGAAUUUUAGCUUGAUAAAAAUGUAAAACAAUGAAUGUUAGAGAUUCAUAUUUUAAUUGAUUGAAUGAUGUGAUCGUCAAAUUUAAUAUAAAAAGAAAUUACAAGACAAAAAUUAUUUACUUAAUAUUAAACCAAUGAUUCCUUAUCAGAGAAAUUAAGGAUCUAUGCAGAAAGUAACAAGUAUUGAAUGCAAAAAAUGUUAGCUCACAAAAUGGCCUCGAAAGGGAGCAACAUCGCUUUUACGAUCGCCAUUUUAUAUCCAUUCAUCUUUCUUAGGA